AUGGUUCUUACUGAUAGAAACUUUAACACUUCAUUCUUUGAAGUAGCAGGAGGUGCCGGUAACAUUUUAUAUAUGAAAAAUGGAACCUCAGAGGCUCUACGCGACGGAGUUGUAGUAAAUUUAGAAAAUGUUAAACGUGUAUCAGAUCACGUUCCUAAACAUUUGAAGCCUCUAAAUAAUGAACAAUUAGGUUAUUAUCUAGCAGGAUUAAUAGACGGGGAUGGUCAUUUUAGUAAAGCUCAACAAUUAGUUAUAACUUUUAGUUCUCCAGAUGCAUUUCUAGCCUAUUACUUGAAAGGAAGAUUAGGUUACGGUAAUGUAAGAAAAGUAAAGGACAAAAACGCAUACCUUUUAAUUGUAUCUAAUGAAAAGGGUAUGUUAAAUAUAAUUAACUUGAUAAAUGGUAAAUUAAGAACAGAACACAGAUUUAACCAAGUAGUUAAUAAUGUAUUAAGUCAUACUAAUUUUCAAAUAAAAAUUAUUAAACGUAUUACCAGAAAUAAACCGGAAAUAAGAUUAAAUUUUCAAAUAGAUCAAAAAAGUGUUUUAUUGUUAAAUAUAAUAAAAGAAUACUUAGGUGGAAACAUUGGAUAUAGGAAGUCUCAAGAUACCUAUUAUUACGGUUCUACUAGUUUCGGUUCUGCUAAAAGGGUUAUAGAAUAUUUUGAUCGAUAUCACUUACAAUCUAGAAAGCAUAUAAGCUAUUUAAGAUGA